UGAACUCUCCCAAAGCCGCUUGAUGAUUCAAGGCUUCAAUCAAGGGGGGCAAAGGGCGAUUGGAAUGAUACGUCUUGAUUUGAUCAUCGGCGGACUGAAGGCAAACACUCUAUGCCAUGUGAUUGAUGCAAAGGCUUCAUACAAUCUCCUUUUAGGACGCCCAUGGAUCCAUGAGAACGGUGUAAUUCCUUCAACGUGGCACCAAUGCUUCAUGUAUGAAGAAAAUGGCGUUGUAAAGAAGGUAGUGGCCGAUGAAACUCCGUUUACAGAAGCCGAGACGUACUUUGCAGAUGCGAAGUUUUACAUAAAGACCAAAGUUUCUAAAGAAGACGGUGCUGGACAAGAGGAAACAUAUCGCCCCUUGAUUGAACCAAAGUUGAAAGGGAAACUUGUUGAAGGCAUAGAAAGGCUUACAUUCCCUCUUGCAAAGAUUGAGAUAUCAAGGCCUCCUCAAAACACAUCUGAGGAUGAAGUGAAAAACGAGAAUGAUGUUAAAGCAUUUCAUCUCCCUAAAGCACGCACAAAUGAAGGAUUUGACCCAAACACAUACAAAUUUCUGGCCAAGGCUGGGUCUAAUCCUAAUGAACAAAAGUUGGGAAAACUCAUCCCGGAGGCUGGUGGAGAAGGAACACUGAAUCAAAUAAAUUUACGAGGACACAUUGGAUUGGGUUAUGUUCAACCUAAACCUAUAAAGAUCCUCAUAAAUAGAGCCGCAAUACAUCAUAUCAGUGCUGAUGAAGAAGAUGAAGUGACUUCUAAACCGAAGUCUUCUAUCUUUGAUCGGAUUGGGGGGGCAAGAUCAAGACCCGCCAUCUUUGGCAGAAUGGGGCCAAAGCCAAAGAAGAUCAUAAAGAAGACUUUACAAGAACGUCUUGGUAUGGGCCCGAUGAUAGUGAAACACGCUGAAGACCCAUGCAUGGGACAAAACUUCAAAAGAAAGCAUGUUCAUGAAAGAUUGGGAUUGAAACGUGAAUGCAAUGCAUCUGCUAAAGUUCAAUUCGAAAAGCAAAGUCUUAAUGAGUAUAGAAGUUUUAUCCCAUCUCUUAUGAAGCGAGAAACUAAUGUGAAAGUGACCUACGGAAGUGCACUUAAAGUCAAGCCAGUGACCAUUGUGCACACUCGUGGUCAAUAUGAAGACCAAUAUGAAGAUUUAGUACCCUUGAUGUCGGGGUAUAAAUAUGUCAAAUGAAACGUUGAAUUCCUUAAACCACCAAUGAUGUUGUAAGUGGCUAAACUGCUAAAACAUCUCACUUUGUUUAUGGGUGAGCAUAAUCAUAGACACUCUUGGCCCACGAGAGUUUAAAAUGUGUACGGCAAGCUCCUGGCCCGCAUGAGUUAAAACUAUGUAUGGCACCCCACCUCUUUUUAGACUACCAAUUCAAAUGGUACCUAUGAACUACGUUUGACUUGAUCUCCUUCAUAGGAGUACGUAGGCAGCUCAAAAGUUUCAUUUUUGAGUUCAGUUAUAACAAAACAAACCCCAAUUAAGUUUUAUCUAAAGGAAGGAUAUCAAAGGGAGGAUUAUGAAAAAAAAAAAACAGAUAAAAUCAACUGACCGUUUGAAAAAAAGGCCAGACUCUCAGAAUUCUUAGGUCUCCUCCUCACCGGAAAUGGUUUUAAUUGAUAAUGUCUUUUAUCAGCGCCAUCGUCCUAACAACGGAGCAAAUGGUGCUGACAAUCAGCAAAACUGCACGAGUCUCGAGAUGCAGACAUCAUUAGAACUCUCAAUUUGUUAGCAAGUAAUGCUUUGAGUAACCUGCAAUGGAACUAGCUCCUUCGUUUUCCUCUUCUUUGAAUGACCUGCGGUGGAACUAUCUCCUUCAUUGUCCUCUUCUUUGAAUGACCUGCGACGGAACUGGCUCCUUCAUUGUCCUCUUCUUUGAAUGACCUGCGACGGAACUGGCUCCUUCAUUGUCCUCUUCUUUGAAUGACCUGCGGUGGAACUGGCUCCUUCAUUGUCCUCUUCUUCGAACGACCUGCGAUAGAACUGGCUCCUUCAUUGUCCUCUUCUUUGAACGACCUGCGAUGGAACAGACUCCUUCAUUGUCCUCUUCUUUGAACGACCUGCGAUAGAACUGGUUCCUUCAUUGUCAUCUUCUUUGAACGACCUGCGAUGGAACGGACUCCUUCAUUGUCCUCUUCUUUGAACGACCUGCGAUAGGACUGGUUCCUUCAUUGUCAUCUUCUUUGAACGACCUGCGAUGGAAUGGAAUCCUUCAGCGUCAUCUUCUUUGAGUAACCUGCGAUGGAACUAGCUCUUUCAUUUUCCUCUUCUUUGAACGCCCUGCGAUGGAUGAACGGCCUGCGAUGGAAUGGAACCCUUCAUUGCCUUCUUUUUUAAACGAACUGGCACCUUCUCAUCUUCCUCGUCGUAAUCAAUUGAACUUCUUCUUCUUGGCUAACGAAUGGCGACGACAAGUCUGAACGAGUAGGACAGUAGGCAGUAGCUUCUUCAAAGUCUUGAUGGUACCGACUAGCGUGGAAAUCCGAUCACCUGCCUCGGGACAGCGACAAAUCCCCGCCAUGCUUUAACCUUCUUGGAUCAGCUGUGAACCGUUGCAUCAACAAAAAUCCGGCAAUCGGUCAAAGCUCCCUCCUUUUCAAUGAAUGGCGUCACCUUCAAGAUACUUGAAACAGUAGAAUAUCGGACUCUCAAUUGCGUUGAACUAAUGCAUUAAAGACUUUAAGCGUUCGACGACUUGAUUGUCCCUGCAUUAAAAAAAGGGGUGCAUUGUUUUUUUUUUUUUAAAAAUGAUUAAAAAGGAAAAAUAAAAUUCCUAAAAGUAUCAAAAAAAGAAAUCUCAGAUCUCCAACAGCCCAGUAUCUAAUACGGAGUAAAUGGGAAAGACAAACUGUGGAGCUCCAGCAAAUACGUAGCAGCGGCAAUCAGUCAUCUUCUUCGCACGCAAAAAUCAGAUGGCGAUCGAUCACCAUCUUCCCCGCCGGAAAUCAACAUCAAGCUCGUCCAGGCCUCCUUCUCCGACGGCGCCUUUCCUCUUCCAGGUACAGCGAGGAAUCCGAGCGACAAAUCAAAUUCCCCCUCUGGCCGAGAAUCAAUUUUGAGCUUGGGCAGACCUCCCGACAUUACUCCAGCCUUCAAUAAGUCAAUCACCAACUUCCGGCAACAAUAGCUAUGGUUACUCCCUCCAUGGUUUCUCGUCAACGGAGCCCGGUCAGGUCUUCUUCUCCUUCACGCAAGCCGCAACAGUCAACGGUCGGUUUCUUCCUUCAGCAAAUAGGCAGCAGCCUCAGACAACAAUUAAUUGUGCAGGGUAAUGGGGUAUAAGAGGAUAACGAAGCUCGUCCUCAUCAAAGUUUUAAUCAGAAAGUCGGCAACGGAAUAAGCCUGAUCCGUGUUAAUAAAACUGGAGCCAGUUGGUUAGUUUCUUCUUCUCCCAGGAACUGUCGAUCAGCCACUCUUCUUAUUCCUCAGCGAAACAUGCCUCCAGAAUAUCAAUAGAUGGGCCUCCAAGUCCUCUCACAAACUGAAUUUGAUCUCAUGACCAAGAAUUGCAUUCUGGUGCAACUGCUAUAAACUUCUAGAAAUUCCCCCUGCAAUUUGACAGAAGAAAAUAGAAGUUUAAUACGGAGUAAUAAAGAAGAUAAGAGCAAGUAUACCAGUCGAUUUGCUGGUCUUUCUUCCUAAGGCUUCUACCAAUUCUAAUACGGUGUAUCUAAGUGCAAUACGAAGCAGCAAAGGUCAAUAUUUAUAGAUAUGGAUGGUGGAGUUUGAAUCGAACUAAAAGUCUCCAAGCUCAUAAGACAAGCCGAUAAACAUCAAGGCAGAUGGAAAGAAUUGAAGUCCUAAUAAAAUGCUAAAGCUGAGACAAAAUAGAGUCCUUUUACCGGAGUAUUUGAUGGACAUCUUGCAAAAGUGUUUUUUAAGUGUACAUGGGCUAAUUUAAUAAAAUUAGCAACACGUUUGAGGAGAGAUUUUGGUCUACUUAUAUAUCGAGACUUACUUUUAUCUCUUCAAGAUUUUUAAGUAAGUCUCGAGGGGGCAUUUGUGGACAUUCAAAAUUAAUGGGCAGAGCCGUCUCUAGGACUUUUGAUGCCCCAGACAAAGAAUGACUAAUUAGAUCAAAUAAUACUUCAAAUUAAUAAUGUAAUUACAUAUGAAGUAAUUAGAAAAUUAUAACAUAAUUGUUUACUAAAAGUAAAAGGUAAUAUUUCACUUAAAAUUGAUAUAAAAUAUGUGAAAAUGUAAUUUUUUCUAAGAAAUAAAUAAAAUUCUAAAAGUACUACCUAAGAACUUAUUCUUCUUGUCUUUUGAAAAAUUUGAAAGUACAUCAUUACAAUCAAAAGUAGACCACACUUUUUUCUAUGAAUAAUAACACGAGUUUAGUCAAUUCACUUAACUUUUCUUGAGACAUUGUUGAACGGAUAUAUGAGUAGUUUUUAUCUACUUCAAAUUUUAAAAGACUGAAUAUAGUCUUGUAGAAUAACUCAUUUACAAAUUUCAAUUUGUAUGCACUUAAUGCUGAUUUUAGAAACAAAUCAAAGAAUCAAGGGAAAAAUAAUUAAAAUACCUCAAACUUUGAGAGGGUGUGAGAUAAGCACACCCCAAACUUGCAUAUGUAAUUUAAUUACCAUAAACUUUUUAUAAAAAGUUAUUUUAGCACCAUGGUCAUGUAUUAUUUCUUUCAAAUAUAUUAUUUUUUUGUGUUAAUUUCAUAAUUUAAAAUAUUUUAGCAUUCAUGAACAUACAAUUAACAUUAUAAACUUCCAUUGUAAAAUAAAAAAUACUACUACCACUCUAUAUAAUUGCAAUAUUUUUAAUUUACUAUUUUGAAUUAUGAAAUUAACACCUUAAAUUUAUAUUUUUGAAAAGAAUAAUAUAUGAUCAUGGUGCUAAAAUAACUUUUUAUAUAAAGUUUGAAGUAUUUAAAUUACAUAUGAAAGUUUGGGUUGUUUAUCUCUCAUGCCUUUAAAGUUUGGGGUAUUUUAUUUAUUUUUCCCAAGAAGCAAAGAAUGAAAGAAUCAAAUAUUAUAUACGGAGUAUAACAGAUUACCCAAUGGCCAAUGCUAAAAUUUGAAGUUCGAAUGGUGGAUAACUUUGGAUUAACUUUGGAUUGCAGACAAUAGGUGGCAGAAUUGCUAGUGUUUACUAUAAUCUUUUGUAAUUCUUUUGCUUCCGUAAUUUUUAAUUUGAAAUUCAGAUGGUGAAAGAGUAGAAUCUAUGGACUAUAGACUGGGUAAUAGUUUAAUAGACUACUAGUACUCCGUAUUAGAUUAUCCUAAUUUUCCAUUGGGUCAUUCCAUCGGCUACCAGGCACACAUUUCAAUUGUUUGGUUCCUUUGUUAGUUUUGACUUUUCUAUCCGCCCCUAUGUAUAUUGGAAGCUUCAUAGUUAUCUACUCCGUAUUAAUGUAUAAAUAAUAUUAAUAUUUAAU